AUGCAUGGAGAGAAUGAUAUAAACCACAUGAAUCUUGUCGAGCUCCAGACCUUGGAAAAUAAUCCUGAAAUGUGGGCGAAUAACAUUCGCUCCCAGAAGAUGCAGAUCAUCUCCAGGGAGAUUGACAUGCUCAGAAACAAGGUCUGGUUCAGUAUUUGUUGCUCUGUUCCUGCAACAAAGCUCAGGCUCAGCAAUUUCCGUCACCGAAGUUGUACUUGUGUAGGCGUUGGAAAAAGUUGCCUCCUGUUACGGUUUUCAGAUGGAUCAUUCACCACUAGCUUCAUUACCACUAUUGGCAUUGACUUCAAGAUAAGAACUGUUGAGUUGGAUGGCAAAAGGAUUAAGUUGCAGAUCUGGGAUACUGCAGGCCAAGAACGUUUCCGCACAAUUACCACUGCCUACUACAGUGGAGCAAUGGGCAUCUUACUUGUGUAUGAUGUCACAGACGAGUCAUCUUUCAAUAACAUAAGAAAUUGGAUCAGAAACAUUGAACAGCAUGCUUCGGAUAAUGUGAACAAAAUUCUGGUGGGGAAUAAAGUUGAUAUGGAUGAAAGCAAACGGGCUGUGCCCACUUCAAAGGGACAAGCUCUCGCAGACGAAUAUGGGAUAAAGUUCUUUGAAACGAGCGCAAAGACAAACCUGAACGUCGAGCAGGUUUUCUUUUCUAUAGCAAGGGAUAUCAAACAGAGACUUUCAGAGACUGAUUCCAAGCCUGAGGAUCGAACUAUCAAGAUCAAGGCUGAAGGGGAAGCUGAUGCAGCAGAGGCGCAGAAAUCAGCUUGCUGCGGCUCUUGAACGGUUGUGGCCGCAGGAUAGUUUCAUAAUUUUGUUCUUUGCCAGCAAGUCUCUCCUUGUGCUUGAGCUAUCACAAUUGCUGUGGUUUGGACAAGUGGGUGUUACGUCAGAACUAAUUACUUGCUAUAUUGCGGAAACCCUGCUCUUGAUAAC